GCUGGAUGGGAGGGAGAGAGGAAAGAGAGAGAGAGAGAGAGAUCCAGCUACGCCUUUCUCUGAGCUUCUGAAGCCUAAGGGAGUAAUCCUUUCAGAAUUUGGAAGAAGAGGGGUAAAAACGGGAAAAGGACAAAGCAGGAAGGCUGAUCGCACCCGCCCUUCCUGCUCCGGAGAACCGAGGAGGGUUGCUCUUACUUGCAGAUGCUGGGGAACAGGAUCUAGGAAGAGGAAGAUCUCUCCCCACCACAACCACCCAUCCCUCCCCAGUUUUCCCAGCAGCACCCCGGGCAAAGAGGUAAAAGAGCUGUUCUUCAGCACCGCGGAGUGAUCGGUGCAGGGGAGCUGUCCAUUUCAGCACCACCACGUUAAUGCAGUAGGUGGGAGCGGAACUAGCAAGGCAAGGAGAGGCGCGAGACACCGACGGGCAGCUUAUCCUGCAGCAAGCCUCCUGGUUUCCUUUCUUUUCAGAAGCUUUGCGGAGAGGGGGGAGGAAGGGAAAUCCGUCUUGGUUCUCCGGGAGAAACUCCCCCCUCCUCUGCCCAUAUUACCACCACUACCAACAACAUCGCUGCCAAUAACAACUGCUGCUCUGCCGCUGUGGUGGUGGUGGGGGGGAAGCCAUGGAAGGCAAGACCUCUGCACCUGUUCAGCUGAAAUCAAGGGCUUACGAUAUACUUGCAAGUCUGGUUCGGUGGUAGAGGAAGCGGAAAGAGAGAGUGAGAGGGAGAGAGAGAAGAAAGAACUGAAACAAGCGCAAGCAAGCAACGAAACCCCCACCAGGAAAAAAAAAACCCAAGGAAGAUAAACUGGGAAGAAAAGGGAUUUUUCAUGGCGCAGGCUGCAGAGCUAAGAAAGAAGACUGAAGGUUGCAUCUCUGCUCUUACAGUCUCUAACUGUCUAGGUCCAGAUAAUGAGAGAGUGUGUUGAGGAUGCUGCUUCUGUUGCCGCUACUGCUGCUGCUGUUCCCCUGUUCACUGUGGAAGCCAUCUCCAAAUUAGCCAUUACAUAUGGAAACUGGAGACCAGAAUUUUAGAAAAAGGGAUUAAGGCAUCUCAUUUUUGGGGGGGUUAUCUAUUUUUUUUCCUUUAUUUUAUUUUUUUAAGACACAGACACACACAGACACACAUAUUAUACUAACAAGCCGGAACGUUUCUCUUUUAAAAGGCAAGCCUCUUCCCGUGUGAUUUUUUUUCUUCAUUUACACUGAUUCUGUGGGCUUUCUUACCUCCCUUUUUAUAUAUAUAUAGAUUUCUCUCUAUCGAUCUCAAAUAGAUAUCCAUUAUAUUAUUCUUAUUAUUAGAGGAAAUAUUAUUUUAUUUUAUUAUUAACAUACAAACACACACACACAGCCCAAGAAUCAGAAGGCGGUUGGGUAUUUGUAUAAUGAAGAAUUAUGGGGCUCUUUGACAGAGGUGUUCAGAUGCUUUUAACCACCGUUGGUGCUUUCGCUGCCUUCAGCCUCAUGACCAUAGCUGUGGGGACCGAUUACUGGCUCUACUCCAGAGGGGUUUGCAAGAUGAAAGGUACCGGCGAGAAUGAAACCAGCAAAAAGAACGAGGAAGUCAUGACCCAUUCUGGAUUAUGGAGAACCUGCUGCCUGGAAGGGAAUUUUAAAGGUCUGUGUAAGCAAAUCGAUCACUUCCUCGAGGACACGGAGUAUGAAGCCGACACAGCAGAAUAUUUCCUCCGGGCUGUGAGGGCCUCUAGUAUUUUUCCGAUCCUGAGUGUGAUUCUGCUUUUCAUGGGUGGACUCUGCAUUGCAGCCAGCGAGUUCUACAAAACCCGACAUAACAUCAUCCUUAGUGCCGGCAUCUUCUUCGUGUCUGCAGGUCUGAGUAAUAUAAUUGGCAUCAUUGUGUACAUAUCAGCCAAUGCUGGAGACCCUUCAAAAAGCGACUCCAAGAAGAACAGUUAUUCUUAUGGUUGGUCCUUCUACUUCGGGGCCCUGUCCUUCAUUAUAGCCGAGAUGGUGGGAGUGCUGGCCGUACACAUGUUUAUUGACCGGCACAAACAGCUGCGUGCCAGUGCUCAUGCCACGGACUACCUCCAGUCCUCUGCCAUCACCCGCAUACCCAGCUACCGCUACCGCUAUCAGAGACGCAGUCGCUCAAGUUCCCGUUCCACUGAGCCUUCACACUCCAGGGAUGCCUCUCCUGUCGGGAUCAAAGGGUUCAAUACCCUCCCAUCAACGGAGAUCUCGAUGUAUACCUUGACCAGGGACCCCCUGAAGGCUGCCACCACUCCCACCGCCACCUACAAUUCAGACAGGGAUAACAGCUUCCUCCAGGUUCACAAUUGUAUCCAGAAAGAAAACAAGGACUCUAUCCACACUAACACAGCCAACCGCCGGACCACCCCUGUAUGAAGCCAUCAAGAGGGGCUGAAAAUGGGGGCAGGGAAGGUGGGAGUGGGCAUUGGGUGCAAGAUGGGAGGGAGCAGUGGGGGCGGGCAGGGAGGGAGAGGAGAAAGCAACCAUGGGGAAACCUUCCAAAAGCAAAAAAAAAAAAAAUGAACAAACUUAAGUGAAACAUCUGAAAAAGAAACAACAAAAAGUUUAAAAAAAAGGAAAAACAAAACAAAAAAAUUCAAAAAAAUCAAGAGAAAGAAAUAUAAAAAAUAGAAAAUAAAUUUAAAAGAAAAUGCAUGAUUUCCCAUGUACCAUUAUUUUAACAUUUAAUAAAAACAGAUUUAAAAAAGGAACCAAGAAAUAACAAAAAAAAAAUUAAAAUACCAAGCGGGAAGAGGAGGCAGCUCUUUGGAUCUUUUUGUUUGUUUGUUUUACUCUUUAAUUUUACAUUUUCUUUUCACUUUUAACCCACUGUGGACUUGCAGAUUCUUGAGGAUCUCCAGGAGCAGGCAGUAAUGAAAUGCAGUAGUUUUGGUGUCGCAGUGGAUGCCUGUUUGCACAUGUACGGUGGCCUGCCUAAGGAGUGACUAAUAAUUCAACAUGAUCUUGCUGGUCCACAGGGCUUAACAGUGACUCUCCUGUCCUUGGGGAUUCCAGGGAUUAAUGCUGAUUCACUGAUCUCCAGGUCUCAGGAAGCCGAGGCUGACCAGCUCAGCCCUGCUAGCCUGUGAUGACCCUGGCGUUAAGUUACAUUGCAAAAAAAAACAAAAAACAAAAAAGCUUCAUAAAAAGAGUGGCAAUUUUUUAAUAAAAGAAAACCAACUAUAAAUAAAUGUAAAUAUAAUAAGUGGAUUUACUUGCAAGAAAGCCAGAUAGUAUUUUUAUUUUUAUUUUCUUUUUUUUUCUCAGCUUGAAAAAAACUGUGAAAACUAAUAUCUUAGGGGUUGAGAGGCUUCUAAAGAGAAAAUGGAAACUAAGUCCAUUUAACAAAAAAUACACAUAAAAAUACCCAGAACUUGGUCAGCUGGUUGGAGUGGCUAGCAUUCCCCAAUGGCCAUGCAAACCCGGGAGUGGAGGGGGGGGGGACACCUCUUUCUAGGAAGAGGGUGAUGCUGCUAUUGCUGGGGUUGGGACACUGGAUGUAGACUAGGUGGUAACAUGGAGACCUCUGCUCACAUUCACUCCCAGGCAAGCUAUUAUGCUGUUCCCUCAUUCUCUGUUCCAGGCUUGAAAAGAAGAUAUUCUAGGUGACUGCUGCUUGCUCAGAGAUGUCAGCUUCUUGACAUUGCUACCUUUUCCGAAUUCAUGGAUAGGUUUUCACAGAUUCACCCACAGAUUCAAAAGCACUGUGGGCUUGUGUACUUGCACAGCGUUGCACAGGUAGCAAUGCAGGUUAAGCAAGACUCUUUGAGAGCGCAAAGCUCCAUGGGAAAUGAUUUUCCCCCAGCCAGCAUCAUGUUUAAGUCAGCCUUGCACACAUACACAAGCCCUGCACCUGUACCAAAACAUAUUCCCAGUACCAAAUCCCUUAACAUUGCCCGUCUCUGCCACAGGAAGUUUACCAGAAGGAACUACAGGUGGGAGCCCUCGGGGAAGCCUGUGUGAAGAAGUGAAGUGGUUGUAAUAAAGGGAAAGAGGAGGGACCCAUGCAUCUUGUCUUCCAUGGGCCCAGAGUUUCCCCCAAUGGCCUAUUGAUCCUCCACUGGCUGACUAUGCCUGCUGUUAUAUAUGGACAUUAAAAAUAGGUGUACAUACCACAGGCCCAUAGCUAGGCCUUGCCAACCCCUUAACUGAAAGGGGCUCCUGUGCCUUUAUUAGCUGAGUAUUAAGCAGGGAUUUAGCAUGUGUUGCUUCUCCCGUUCUUGUGGCCUCCUUCAGGUGGAGGCAUGGCCUAGUUGCUGUUUAGCACUCGUCAAGAGAGGAGACAACAUUUAGGGUAUAGGAGAUCGGCUUCCCAUCCCUGCUUUGCUGAUAGGCCUGAUCCAAAUUCUCCUCUUGCUCAUCCAGGGGGUAACCUUCUGCUCUCAUUCUGAAGUGAGGGUCUAAGUGCCGCAAGGCUGUGGAGAGUUCAGUCCUGAGAUCCAGUUCUCUUCUCUCUCUACUUGGAUCAGAGGCGUAUGCUGCUGAUUCAACAGCAGUUACUCUUGGUUUACCUCAGCAAAAAAGGAGUCACACUCAUCCAAACUCACAGAUGACAUUUCUGACUUUCCCAGCCCAUUCCCCUCACAGGUUUUCAUCACAGCAUACAUCCAGAUCACCACUGUGCGCAUGAGGGACACUGGGUGCUAUGGCUUUUUGCUAGAGGGCAACAAGAGCCACCUUGUGUUCAGUUCCCUCUGUCAUGCUACUACUGGAAGAUGGAGAAAACAGGCUCUGACAAGAUAGUGGGAGAAUAAGCCAGACAGGCUGACAUUGGAUUGCACUGAGUUAAUGUCAAGUUUUGGAUCUGACUGGGCCCAAAAGAGAUGGAAUAAAUUCUCCAUGGUCCUAUACAUACCAGAGUUUUUUGUUGCUUUGAAGGAGCAAGGUUUAGGGGUGAUGGUUUGCUGAGAGGGGUCAGCUGAUUCCUUUCAGCCCCUUGAGAUUCUUGCUUAACUCUUCCUGUUGAAACUAGUGCUGCUCCAGUUCAAGGAAUCUUCACUUCCCACAACUCAGUUCUUGUUGGGACUUAAUGGAAGUUGGAAAAAAAACCAAACACCCUGCAUUCCCCACCCAGCUGCUGCUGCUUUCUCCUGGUUUUCCUCUCUUACAGAGGAGAGUAGAGACCUUCACAGGACAGAGUAGGGGAGUAGCAUGUUGAAAACUGAGCAAGUGGCAGAAUGAAUUCUUCCCAGGCCUCGGUAGAUGGAUCAGUACUGGCUAAAGAGCAUAGAUACUGCUUGGGUGACAUUAGUAUCCCACAUGCUAGUGAAUGUCUAGAACUCCUGCUGAAUCCCAAAACCUCAGCCUGCAAAUCUGUAAAAUAAAAAGGGCAGAAGGCAUUAAAUAUCCAACCCCCCAGAAAUGAGUUAAAACUGGGUUCCUAUACUCCAGCAUAGACAGAGGAUGGUAUUUUGGUUGAAAUUCCAAAGCUGCUUUUGAGAACUUGAUGCCUGUAGAGUUCUCCUGAUUGCAUAAAGAUGAAUGAGCUCUGAUAUGUGUGAGUGAACGUGUGCGUGUGAGAGAGAAAGAGAGGGAAAAAGGGGGGAGAAGACUGAGAACUAGGACUGGUGGGGAAAUUUUUCCAAGGAAACUGCUUAUGUUCAGCUCAAACCAGUUCAAGAAACAAACCUCCAUUUUCUUUAUUUUGUGUUUUUUUUCAGACUGUUAAAAAGAAAAAUUUUAAAAAGAAGAAAAUAACAAAAAAAAAUCCUGGUACAUGAAAUAAAGAUUUUUUUA